AUGGGUUUCAGUCUCAACAACCCCCUGCCAUCUUCCAUGAGCAGCGAAUGUCGCAAGACAGGAAAGAUUCUAGCAUCCUUCGUAGACCCCAGACAGUCUUUUGGACCUGACAAGAUUAUUCCUCCGAAUAUUCUCGCCAAUGCAAAGGGUCUAGCGAUUCUCACAGUAUUCAAAGCUGGCUUCCUCGGCACAGCGCGAUUCGGCUCAGGUGUCGUCGUCGCUCGUCUCGCGGACGGAUCGUGGUCGGCACCAACAGCCAUCGGAACCAUCGGCGGCGGCUUCGGCGGACAGAUUGGCUUCGAGCUCACCGACUUCGUUUUCAUCCUGAACGAUGCAUCGGCAGUGCGUACAUUUGCCCAGGCCGGAUCGUUGACACUGGGCGGCAAUGUCUCCAUUGCAGCGGGGCCAGUCGGUCGCAAUGCCGAGGCUGCCGGCGCGGCGAGUUUGAAGGGUGUAGCCGGUAUUUUCAGCUACAGCAAGACGAAGGGACUUUUUGCGGGUGUCAGUUUGGAGGGAAGCGGUAUCAUCGAGCGGAGAGAUGCCAACGAGAAGCUGUACGGCCGCCGAUGGACUGCUCGCGAGAUCCUCAGCGGACAAGUUCCCCCACCACCAGCCGCCGCACCGCUCCUGUCGGUACUAAACUCGAGAGUUUUUGCUGGUGUGGGAGGAGCCCAGAAUGUGACCAACGAUGCGAUGUACAACGACAUCCCCGUCUACGACGACUCGCGCGACAACGUGGUAUGGCAGGGACGCCAGGGCUCUGCAAUGGGUGAGGGUGUGCGCAGAGACCGCACAGGCUCCAUGGGUCAGGGGGGCAAUGACUACGAAUACAGAGACCAACCUCAGCGCUCAUCUGCUUGGGAAGACGACGUAUACGACCGUCAGCCAUCCUCAGCACCCCUCGGCCGAUCAUUCUCUACGCGCGCGAACCCCAAUGAGACAUUCGACCGAAUGGACAACCGGAACCGCGCUUCCACUUUUGGCGAUGACUACUCGUACAGCGACCGCAAGCCCGGCCGACCAACAGCGCCAAAGCCAGUGUUUGGACAGACAACAGGCCAGAAGAAAGCGGGGCUACAAUCCGACCAGGCAAUAGCCAAGUUCACCUUUGAUGCGGAUCAACCGGGCGAUCUGGGCUUCAAGAAGGGCGAGAUCAUCACCAUUCUGAAGAGGACGGACAAUGAGACAGACUGGUGGACAGGCAGAGUCGGAGGCAGAGAAGGCAUCUUCCCAAGCAACUACGUCGAGACUGUCUAG